AUGGAUGAGGCUCUCCUUCAAUGGAAGGCCAGCCUUUUUCGCUACCGUGUCCAUAACAAUUCCCAACUACUACUCCCUUCAUGGACGAUGAUGAUGAUGAUGGCAAACAGAAGCAGCAACGUCGACCCAUGCAAGUGGGAGGGAAUUACUUGCAAUGAGGCAAGAGGACUCAUCACCAUAAUAAACCUCUCAAGUAUGGAUUUACAAGGUACGCUCCAUGACUUUACCUUCUCAUCCUUUCCUAACCUCCUCCGUCUUGAUCUCCAUGAUAACUCACUUUUUGGACCUAUCCCACCAUGCAUUGCCAACCUUUCCCAACUGUCCAACCUCAAUCUCUCCAUCAAUCACUUCUCUGGGAACAUCCCAUUUGAGAUUUCCCUAUUGAUGAAUCUUAGUGAGCUUGAUUUCCACAACAACAAUCUCACGGGCUCAAUCCCUCCAGCUUUAGGCUCUAUGAAGAACCUGAAAAUUCUACAUCUUGCUGAGAAUCAACUUUCUGGUCCCAUUCCCCUCGAAAUUGGGAACCUUUGUAGCCUCACUGUGCUGAAAGUGUCUGAGAAUUACUUCCUAAAUGGUUCCAUCCCUUCCACCGUUGGAAAUUUGAGGAAGCUAAACAUCAUACACCUCCAUAUAAACUCAUUCUCUGGUUCCAUUCCUGUGGAAAUUGAAAACAUGUCCAAUCUUUAUAAGCUAUCAUUGUGGAGUAACUUUUUGACAGGUUCUAUCCCUCCAGAAAUUGGAAACUUGAGAUCUCUUACUGUACUUUUUUUGGGGUUCAAUUAUCUCAGUGGUUCAAUACCUACUUCUUUUGGAAAUUUGAGCAAGCUAAACUUCAUACACCUCUAUUCAAAUUUACUCUCUGGUUCCAUUCCAACAGAAUUCAGAAACAUGACCAGUCUUCAGGAACUAGCUAUCAUUGGCAAUUAA